AUGUUUAUCGACUCGAAUAAAGGUGACUGUCCCCAUCUUUGGCUUGUUGAUUUUGAUUUCUCUCUCAAUCGCUGGUCUUAUUUGAGUUUAUUCAUCUACAAUAAAAUCAUACAGGUUCUCUAUCUAUCUAUCUAUCUAUCUAUCUAUCUAUCUAUCUAUCUAUCUAUCUAUUUGUCAAUCUAUGUCUGUCUGUCUGUCUCUCUCCCCCUCUCUCUCUCUGUGUAUCUUCUGUCCUUUUCUUUGUCCUCAUUUUUCGAAUCUAUCUAUCUAUCUAUCUAUCUAUCUAUCUAUCUAUCUAUCUAUCUAUCUAUCUAUCCUAAUAAUAAACAUACAUUAUAUUUACCAAAUUCUCUUAAAUCUAUCUAUCUAUCUAUCCAUCUAUCUAUCUAUCUAUCUAUCUAUCUAUCUAUCUAUCUAUCUAUCUAUCUAUUUCAGUCUGUUCAUAUGUGUAUCUAUCUAGCUAUCUAUCUAUCUAUCUAUUUCAGUCUGUUCAGAUGUCUAUCUAUCUAUCUAUCUAUCUAUCUAUCUAUCUAUCUAUCUAUCUAUCUAUCUAUCUAUCUAUCUCUAUUUCAGUCUGUUCAUAUGUGUAUCUAUCUAUCUAUCUAUCUAUCUAUCUAUCUAUCUAUCUAUCUAUCUAUUUAUCUAUCUAUCUAUUUCAGUCUGUUCAUAUAUCUAUCUAUCUAUCUAUCUAUCUAUCUAUCUAUCUAUCUACAUAUAUAUAUAUAUUUUACGUUUAGUAUUUAUCCGCUCCAAACCAUUCUUCUUUUUUUCUCUCUUUCGAUUUUUCACAAGAUUUCACCAACUAAAAUCAAACUUUCUUUCUUUCUUUCUUUCUUUCUUUCUUUCUUUCUUUCUUUCUUUCUUUCUUUCUUUUUCGUUUCCUUCUUUCUUUCUUUGUCUUUCGUUACUUUCUUUUUUUUUGCAUUUCUUUCUUUCUCUUUCAUUUCUUUCUUUCUUUCCUUCUUUCUUAUCUAUCUAUCUAUCCCAGACUUUCAUUAUCUAUCUAUCUAUCUAUCUAUCUAUCUAUCUAUCUAUCUAUCUAUCUAUCUAUCUAUCUAUCUAUCCCAGACUGUUCAUUAUCUAUCUAUCUAUCUAUCUAUCUAUCUAUCUAUCUAUCUAUCUAUCUAUCUAUCUAUCUAUCUAUCGUGUUUCGUUUAUUCUUUCUUUCUUUCUUUCUUUCUUUCUUUCUUUCUUUCUUUUCCCUCCCUUCGUCUUCUUUAUUUGUUUUUUUCCUAUUGCGACCUUUCGUCUUCCCUUCUUAGCAUUUUAUAUGCUUCCCUUUCUUUCUUUCUUUCUUUCUUUCUUUCUUUCUUUCUUUCUUUCUUUCUUUCUUUCUUUCUUUCUUUUCCCUCCCUUCGUCAUCUUUCUUUCUUUCUUUCUUUCUCUUCGUUCUUUCUUACUUACUUUCUUCUUUUCUUUUUUAUUCUCUGUUUUUCUCACGCCCUUUCUUUCUUUUGUUCAAUUUUUUUCUUUCUUGCUUUAUUUCAUCGUGCUUUUUUUUUCUUUCUUUCUUUACUGGCUAAUUUUCUUUUUGACUUUCCAUUUUUUACGCGCUUUCUUUCUAUGUUCUUUCUUUCUUUCUUUCUUUCUUUCUUUCUUUCUUUCUUUCUUUCUUUCUUUCUAUUUCCUGUUGUGUGCAUAGCGGGUAAUUUGAGUGCUCACAGCGCGCGCAAAAUCAAUGGAAAAACGCACUGCCAGUCACUAUCAUUCUUAUUACUCAACAUCCCAUUCUCCAUAUUUUUUCACUCUCCCGAUUCCCCCUCACUUUCAACCGCAUGGCAUACCCGCGUUCAUUCUCCUCCCCUUCUUGCAACAAGUGUCUCUCCCUUCCUUCUACGGCGUUUAAUGUUGACGUUCUUUUAUCAUGUCGUCUCUUUCAUCGGCGCGACGACCACCGAGUCAUUUUUUGUCGUAUUCUAUUUAUUUCAACCGCGCCCAAAUAAAGACGAGCGCAGACGUGUUUCGUUUGAUUCUUUUUUUUCUUUUUACUUUCUUCCAUUCUUUCUUUUCUUACUUUCUUUCUUUCUUUCUUUUUUUCUUUUCUUUCUUUCUUUCUUUCUUUCUUUCUUUCUCAUCGAAAUUUUCAUUCCAAAUUCGAACAUUUAUUUCUUUCUUUCUUUCUUUCUUUCUUUCUUUCUUUCUUUCUUUCUUUCUUUCUUUCUUUCUUUCUCAUCGAAAUUUUCAUUCCAAAUUCGAACAUUUCUUUCUUUCUUUCUUUCUUUCUUUCUUUCUUUCUUAUCGAAAUUUUCAUUCCAAAUUCGAACAUUUCUUUCUUUCUUUCUUUCUUUCUUUCUUUCUUUCUUUCUUUCUUUUCUUUCUUUCUUUCUUUCUUUCUCAUCAGAAAUUUUCAUUCCAAAUUCAGACAUUUCUUUCUUUCUUUCUUUCUUUCUUUCUUUCUUUCUUUCUUUCUUUCUUUCAUCAUCAAUUUUCAUUCCAAAUUCAGACAUUUCUUUCUUUUUUUUUCUUUCUUAUCAAAUUUUCAUUUCCAAAUUCGAACAUUUCUUUCUUUAUUUCUUUCUUUCUCAUCAGAAAUUUUCAUUCCAAAUUCGAACAUUUCUUUCUUUCUUUCUUUCUUUCUUUCUUUCUUUCUUUCUUUCUUUCUUAUCGAAAUUUUCAUUCCAAAUUCGAACAUUUCUUUCUUUCUUUCUUUCUUUCUUUCUUUCUUUCUUUCUUUCUUUCUCAUCGAAAUUUUCAUUCCAAAUUCGAACAUUUCUUUCUUUCUUUCUUUCUUUCAUUCUUUCUUUCUUUCUUUUUUUCUUUCUUUCUUUCUCAUCGAAAUUUUCAUUCCAAAUUCGAACAUUUCUUUCUUUCUUUCUUUCUUUCUUUCUUAUCGAAAUUUUCAUUUCCAAAUUCAACAUUUCUUUCUUUCUUUCUUAUCAAAUUUUCAUUUCAAAUUCAGACAAUUCUUUCUUUCUUUCUUUCUUUCUUUCUCAUCGAAAUUUUCAUUUCCAAAUUCAGACAUUUCUUUUUUUUUCUUUUCUUUCUUUCUUUCUUUCUUUCUUUCUUUCUUUCUUUCUUUCUCAUCGAAAUUUUCAUUCCAAAUUCGAACAUUUCUUUCUUUCUUUCUUUCUUUCUUUCUUUCUUAUCGAAAUUUUCAUUCCAAAUUCGAACAUUUCUUUCUUUCUUUCUUUCUUUCUUUCUUUCUUUCUCAUCAAAUUUUUCAUUCCAAAUUCAGACAUUUCUUUCUUUCUUUCUUUCUUUCUUUCUUUUUCUUUCUUUCUCAUCGAAAUUUUCAUUCCAAAUUCGAACAUUUCUUUCUUUCUUUCUUUCUUUCUUAUCGAAAUUUUCAUUCCAAAUUCGAACAUUUCUUUCUUUCUUUCUUUCUUUCUCAUCGAAAUUUUAAUUCCAAAUUCGAACAUUUCUUUCUUUCUUUCUUUCUUUCUUUCUUUCUUUCUUUCUUAUCGAAAUUUUCAUUCCAAAUUCGAACAUUUCUUUCUUUCUUUCUUUCUUUCUUUCUUUCUUUCUUUCUCAUCGAAAUUUUCAAUCCAAAUUCGAACAUUUCUUUCUUUCUUUCUUUUUUCUUUCAUUCUUUCUUUUUUCUUUUUUUUCUUUCUUUCUUUCAUCAAAAUUUUUCAUUUCCAAAUUCAACAUUUCUUUUCUUUCUUUCUUUCUUUUCUUUCUUAUCAGAAAUUUUCAUUCCAAAUUCAACAUUUCUUUCUUUCUUUCUUAUCAGAAAUUUUCAUUCCAAAUUCGAACAUUUCUUUCUUUCUUUCUUUCUUUCUUUCUCAUCAGAAUUUUCAUUCCAAAUUCGAACAUUUCUUUCUUUCUUUCUUUUCUUUCUUUCUUUCUUUCUUUCUUUCUUAUCAAAUUUUCAUUCCAAUUUCAACAUUUCUUUCUUUCUUUCUUUCUUUCUUUCUUAUCAGAAAUUUUCAUUCCAAAUUCAGACAUUUCUUUCUUUCUUUCUUUUCUUUCUUUCUUUCUUUUCUUUCUCAUCAGAAAUUUUUCAUUCCAAAUUCGAACAUUUCUUUCUUUCUUUUCUUUCUUUCUCAUCAAAAUUUUCAUUCCAAAUUCAGACAUUUCUUUCUUUCUUUCUUUCUUUCUUUCUUUCUUUCUUUCUUUUUCUCAUCAAAUUUUCAUUCCAAAUUCAACAUUUCUUUUCUUUCUUUCUUUCUUUCUUUCUUUCUUAUCAAAUUUUCAUUUCCAAAUUCAGACAUUUCUUUCUUUCUUUUUCUUUCUUUUCUUUCUUUCUUAUCAGAAAUUUUCAUUCCAAAUUCAACAUUUCUUUCUUUUCUUUCUUUCUUUCUUUCUUUCUUUCUUAUCAAAAUUUUCAUUCCAAAUUCGAACAUUUCUUUCUUUCUUUCUUUCUUUCUUAUCAGAAAUUUUCAUUUCCAAAUUCGAACAUUUCUUUCUUUCUUUCUUUCUUUCUUUCUUUCUCAUCAGACUUUUCAUUCCAAAUUCGAACAUUUCUUUCUUUCUUUCUUUCUUUCUUUCUUUCUUUCUUUCUUAUCGAAAUUUUCAUUCCAAAUUCGAACAUUUCUUUCUUUCUUUCUUUCUUUCUUUCUUAUCGAAAUUUUCAUUCCAAAUUCGAACAUUUCUUUCUUUCUUUCUUUCUUUCUUUCUUUCUCAUCGAAAUUUUCAUUCCAAAUUCGAACAUUUCUUUCUUUCUUUCUUUCUUUCUUAUCGAAAUUUUCAUUCCAAAUUCGAACAUUUCUUUCUUUCUUUCUUUCUUUCUUUCUUUCUUUCUUACCAAUCCCCUUUCUUUCUUUCUUUCUUUCUUUCUUUCUUUUUUAUCGAAAUUUUCAUUCCAAAUUCGAACAUUUCUUUCUUUCUUUCUUUCUUUCUUUCUUUCUCAUCGAAAUUUUCAUUCCAAAUUCGAACAUUUCUUUCUUUCUUUCUUUCUUAUCGAAAUUUUCAUUCCAAAUUCGAACAUUUCUUUCUUUCUUUCUUUCUUUCUUUCUUUCACAUUUCUUUCUUUCUUUCUUUUCUUUCUUUCUUUCUUAUCGAAAUUUUCAUUCCAAAUUCAGACAUUUUUCUUUCUUUCUUUCUUUCUUUCUUUCUUUCUUUCUUUCUUUCUUUCUUUCUUUCUCAUCAGAAAUUUUCAUUCCAAAUUCAGACAUUUCUUUCUUUCUUUCUUUCUUUCUUUCUUUCUUUCUUUCUUUCUUUCAUCAUCGAAAUUUUCAUUCCAAAUUCGAACAUUUCUUUCUUUCUUUCUUUCUUUCUUAUCGAAAUUUUCAUUCCAAAUUCGAACAUUUCUUUCUUUCUUUCUUUCUUUCUCAUCGAAAUUUUAAUUUCCAAAUUCAGAACAUUUUCUUUCUUUCUUUCUUUCUUUCUUUCUUUCUUUCUUAUCAGAAUUUUCAUUUCCAAAUUCAGACAUUUCUUUCUUUCUUUCUUUCUUUCUUUCUUUCUUUCUUUCUUUCUUUCUCAUCGAAAUUUUCAUUCCAAAUUCGAACAUUUCUUUCUUUCUUUCUUUCUUUCAUUCUUUCUUUCUUUCUUUUUCUUUCUUUCUUUCUCAUCAAAUUUUCAUUUCAAAUUCAGACAUUUCUUUCUUUCUUUCUUUCUUUCUUUCUUAUCAAAUUUUCAUUCCAAAUUCGAACAUUUCUUUUUUCUUUCUUUCUUUCUUUUUUCUUUCUCAUCAAAUUUUCAUUUCAAAUUCAGACAUUUCUUUCUUUUCUUUCUUUCUUUCUUUCUUUCUUUCUCAUCAAAAUUUUCAUUUCAUUCCAAAUUUCUUUCUUUCUUUCUUUCAUUUUCUUUCUUUCUUUUCUUUUUUCAUUUUUCUCAUCAGAACAUUUCAUUUCUUUCUUUUUCUUUCUUUCUUUCUUUCUUUUCUUUCUUUCUUAUCAAAUUUUCAUUUCCAAAUUCAGACAUUUCUUUCUUUCUUUCUUUCUUUCUUUCUUUCUUUCUUUCUUUCUUUCUUUCUCAUCAGAAUUUUUCAUUCCAAAUUCAGACAUUUCUUUCUUUCUUUCUUUUUUCUUUCAUUCUUUUUUCUUUCUUUUUUUUCUUUUUCUUUCUCAUCGAAAUUUUCAUUCCAAAUUCAGACAUUUCUUUCUUUCUUUCUUUCUUUCUUUCUUAUCGAAAUUUUCAUUCCAAAUUCGAACAUUUCUUUCUUUCUUUCUUAUCGAAAUUUUCAUUCAAAAUUCGAACAUUUCUUUCUUUCUUUUUUUCUUUCUUUCUAAUCGAAAUUUUCAUUCCAAAUUCGAACAUUUCUUUCUUUCUUUCUUUCUUUCUUUCUUUCUUUCUUUCUUUCUUAUCGAAAUUUUCAUUCCAAAUUCGAACAUUUCUUUCUUUCUUUCUUUCUUUCUUUCUUAUCGAAAUUUUCAUUCCAAAUUCGAACAUUUCUUUCUUUCUUUCUUUCUUUCUUUCUUUCUUUCUUUCUUUCUCAUCGAAAUUUUCAUUCCAAAUUCGAACAUUUCUUUCUUUCUUUCUUUCUUUCUCAUCGAAAUUUUCAUUCCAAAUUCGAACAUUUCUUUCUUUCUUUCUUUCUUUCUUUCUUUCUUUCUUUCUUUCUUUCUUUCUCAUCGAAAUUUUCAUUCCAAAUUCGAACAUUUCUUUCUUUUCUUUCUUUCUUUUCUUUCUUAUCGAAAUUUUCAUUUCCAAAUUCGAACAUUUCUUUUCUUUCUUUCUUUCUUUCUUUCUUUCUUUCUUAUCAAAUUUUCAUUUCCAAAUUCAAACAUUUCUUUCUUUCUUUCUUUCUUUCUUUCUUAUCAAAUUUUUCAUUUCCAAAUUCAGACAUUUCUUUCUUUCUUUCUUUCUUUCUUUCUUUCUUUCUCAUCGAAAUUUUCAUUUCCAAAUUCGAACAUUUUCUUUCUUUCUUUCUUUCUUUCUUUCUCAUCAGACUUUUUCAUUCCAAAUUCAGACAUUUCUUUCUUUCUUUCUUUCUUUCUUUCUUUCUUUCUUUCUUUCUUUCUUUCUUAUCAAAAAUUUUCAUUUCCAAAUUCGAACAUUUCUUUCUUUCUUUCUUUCUUUCUUUCUUAUCGAAAUUUUCAUUCCAAAUUCGAACAUUUCUUUCUUUCUUUCUUUCUUUCUUUCUUUCUUUCUUUCUCAUCAAAUUUUCAUUCCAAAUUCAGACAUUUCUUUCUUUCUUUCUUUCUUUCUUAUCAAAAUUUUCAUUUCCAAAUUCAGACAUUUCUUUCUUUCUUUCUUUCUUUCUUUCUUUCUUUCUUACCAAUCCCUUUCUUUCUUUCUUUCUUUCUUUCUUUCUUUUUUAUCGAAAUUUUCAUUCCAAAUUCGAACAUUUCUUUCUUUCUUUCUUUCUUUCUUUCUUUCUCAUCGAAAUUUUCAUUCCAAAUUCAAACAUUUCUUUCUUUCUUUCUUUCUUUUCUUAUCAGAAAUUUUCAUUCCAAAUUCCUUUCAUUUCUUUCUUUCUUUCUUUUUCUUUUUCCUUUCUUUCUUUUCUUUCCCCUUUCUUUCUUUCUUUUCUUUCUUUCUUUCUUUCUUAUCAGAAUUUUCAUUUCCAAAUUCAGACAUUUCUUUCUUUCUUUCUUUUCUUUCUUUCUUUCUUUUCUUUCUUUCUUUCUCAUCAGAAAUUUUCAUUCCAAAUUCAGAACAUUUCUUUCUUUUCUUUCUUUCUUUCUUUCUUUCUUUCUCAUCGAAAUUUUCAUUCCAAAUUCGAACAUUUCUUUCUUUCUUUCUUUCUUUCUUUCUUUCUUUCUUAUCGAAAUUUUCAUUCCAAAUUCGAACAUUCUUUCUUUCUUUCUUUCUUUCUUUCUUUCUUUCUUAUCAAAUUUUCAUUCAAAUUCGAACAUUUGUUUCUUUCUUUCUUUCUUUCUUUCUUAUCGAAAUUUUCAUUCCAAAUUCAAACUUUCUUUCUUUCUUUCUUUCUUUCUUACUUACUUUUUUUCUUUGUCUCCAAAAACGUAA